GCACAACUUGGGCAUAUGCAUUGCACUUUUCCGGUUUUUUGCAAUUUCGUUUUGAGCUUUUUUACAUACCAGAAGUAAAAAUCUUACAUUUUUUAUACAGGCCAAGACUAAUAAUAAUGUUACAACUUACAGGCAGCAUAGAAAAAUAAAAAAUGAAACAAAAAUAAUCAAAUGAAACGACCGUGGAAAUAAAUUUAGACCGCCACGCGUCUUGACGUGUCAUUACACGACUCUUUUUCUUUCUUCUUCUUUACUUUUUCCAUGGCGGUUUCGACUUUUGACCCAGUCAUAUUCAAUCAUGGCCGUUCAUUUCGAGAAACUGGUAGCCAUCACAGCGGCUGAGAGAGACCGGGAUCAUAUCUUCUCCACCUUCAGCGCUUUGAUCAGAGGAUUGGCCUUGGCGAUGGCUUCCCUUCCGGCGGCCUUGAAAUCGAAGGUGCAGCCGUGCAUCUCCGGGUACCGGUGGCUCCCGCAAAAGGUGACCCCACACCUGCACCUAAACCCAGUAAGCCCGACUCUUUUCCGGCACGUCGAACACCUGUUCGCCGGCAGCUGCACCUCCGCCUCCGCCGCCGACGCCGCCGCUAUCUUCGCCGGUGGUCCUGACGGAGAUGGAGAGAUGGAUGGUUGAGAAACCUGCGCCGGUAAUAUUGAAUCGGCCGAAUUCGUGGGUUUCGUUUGGUCCUGCUGUUUAAGGAAGAUAUCUCGGUAACAUUUGGGGCAGUAAUUCUGGGUGGCGGAGCUGCCGGAGAACCCACAAUUAUUGGCGCAUAAACGGUGCCCCUCCGAUGCUUGAAAUCCGUGCUCUUCCGCCAUGGAUCUGGAAAAGAUGGAUUCGCUGGAACAGAUUUGUGGAGAUUAUUAUGAUUGGAUUGAAGGCGAGGAAAAGAAAAGGGCUAUGUUUAGACGAUAAAAAAGCAAGAGAAGUGGGUUAGUUUUAAAGGGCGGAGGGUUGAAUUGAAAUGACAAAAAA